AUGGCCAUUGUUACCAAGUUUCCCGAUUUUCGUGAAGGCUCCAACGAAUUUUCACAAGCAUUGUUUGUGUUCACCAAAAAGCAAAACCGUGAAGCUUUUAUGUUUCCAACAACUGACGAAGCCAAGAUGAGGAUGGAUAGUGAUGACUCUAAUUCUUCUAAUGAUAAUGAAGAAUGGUGGGUGGAAGAGGAUAGACAAUUUAAAAUGUUAUGUGGAUUAGCUUUAAAAGGGAUAAUACUAGCUCGUAACGAUUGUAUUGGUGCUAUAGAUGGGACACACGUUAGGGCAUCAGUUCCACAAAACGAGGAAGCGAAGUACAUUGGUCGAAAGGGAUAUGCAACACAAAAUAUAAUGGUUGUUUGUGAUUUUAACAUGUGUUUUACAUUUGUAUGGGUCGGUUGGGAGAGGACUGCACAUAACACAAGAAUUUUCAGUGAAGCCCUACAGAGACCAGAUCUUAAUUUUUCAUAUCCAACUGGUGAUAAAUAUUACGUUGUUGAUGCUGGAUAUCCAAAUACUAGAGGGUAUCUUGCUCCAUACAAAGGCACAAAUAUUCGUUAUCAUUUACCGGAUUUUCGACGUGGACACUCGGCUGCUGUUCGUGAACCUCGUGGACCGAAAGAGAAAUUUAACUAUCUCCACUCAUCAUUGCGGAAUAUCAUUAAACGAACUUUUGGAGUGUGGAAAGCUAGGUGGGCGUUAUUAAGAGACAUGCAUGUUAAUUACAAGUAUAAGAACCAAAUUAAAAUUGUGAUAGCAUCGAUGGCGAUCCAUAACUAUAUUAGAAAGUUUGGUAGGUUUGAUGAAACAUUUAAUAUGGCACAACAAGAAUCCUACAAUCCCAUACGAAGUGAUACUAGUAGUGAAGUUUACGAAAAAGGUCCAAGUACACGUCGCACGAGUGGUGAUAAUUUAUAUAUGGCAGCGAUACGAGAUAUUAUUGCACAAGAUAUAAACACAUUGCAAAGACGAAUGUAA